AUGGAAAAUCCCCUGUGUGUCUCUAUCUUCUUGUUUUUGUGCAUCUUGAUCCAAUCAAGUGCCCAUGGACAAAGCCUGGGAACAGAGUCAUUUGGAAGGAGAUCUAGAGCUGCUGAAACAAACGAAACAUCGCAGGAGACAAGAACCAGAUUUCUGCUCUUUAGAGGAGAAACCGAUAAGGGCUGUCAGAUUCGGCUCACUCACUCAGACACGUUACAGCAGUGUGGCUUCAACUCCUCGCUGCCACUGGUGAUGAUAGUCCACGGCUGGUUGGUGGACGGCAUACUGGAAGACUGGGUCUGGGAGAUGGUAGCCGCACUGAAGUCUCACCUGGCCCAGCCAGUGAAUGUGGGGCUGGCAGAAUGGGUCACCCUGGCUCACAACCACUACACCACUGCCGUGCGCAACACUCGCCUCGUCGGCCAGGAGAUCGCGGCUCUUCUCCAGUGGCUGCGGGAAUCUGUUCAAUUUUCUCCAAGCCAUGUUCAUCUAAUUGGGUACAGCCUGGGUGCACAUGUCUCAGGAUUCGCUGGCAGUUACAUGAGCAGAAAGCACAAGAUUGGGAGAAUUACAGGGCUGGAUGCCGCAGGCCCUUUGUUUGAAAAAGCCUCCCUCAGCGACCGGCUUUCACCGGAUGACGCCAGUUUUGUGGAUGCCAUUCACACCUUUACCUGGGAGCACAUGGGCCUGAGUGUGGGCAUCAAACAGCCCAUAGCACACUAUGACUUCUACCCCAACGGGGGCUCCUACCAGCCCGGAUGCCACUUCCUAGAGCUCUACAAACAUUUCGCCAAGCAUGGCUUAAAUGCCAUCACCCAGACCGUUAAAUGCGCCCAUGAGCGGUCAGUGCACCUCUUCAUCGACUCCUUGCUGCACGCUGACAUGCAGAGCACAGCGUACCUGUGCAGGGACAUGGACAGCUUCAGCCAAGGCCUGUGUCUGAGCUGCAAGAAGGGUCGUUGCAACACGCUGGGCUACCACACCCGCCAAGAGCGGCAAAGCAAGAAGAGCAAGAGCCUCUUCCUGGUGACUCGAGCCCAGUCCCCGUUCAAAGUUUAUCAUUACCAGUUCAAGAUUCGGUUCAUCAACCAAACUGAGAACCCUGUAGAACCAACUUUCACCGUGUCAUUCCUCGGAACAAGAGGGGAGAGGCAGAAGAUCCCCAUCACUCUGAGCAAAGGAAUUACUAGUAAUGAAACCUAUUCCUUUCUUAUCCCACUGGAUGUGGAUAUUGGAGAACUGAUCAUGAUCAAGUUCAAGUGGGAAAACAGCAUGGUGUGGUCCAAUGUCUGGAAUACAGUCCAAACCAUCAUCCCCUGGGGAAGAGAGUCCCUUCACUCAGGCCUUGCUCUGAAGAGCAUCAGAGUCAAAGUGGGAGAAACACAGCAAAGAAUGAAAUUUUGCUCAGAAAACAUGAAUGAUCUACAACUUCACCCAGCCCAGGAGAAAACCUUUGUGAGAUGUGAAACAAACUCUGAAACACUGAAGUAA